AUCUGACAGCCAUCGGUGUCAUCACAUGUGAAGUUUAUUACGUCUUACGAUUUCGGCAUUUUCGGAUUAAAAUUAGAUCUCAACGUGACAACUGUUUCAUCAAUUCGUGCAUAUUGAUAUCAAAAGCUGGUAAACAUGUCUGAGUCUGACUGGGAUACGGUUACUAUUCUUCGCAAGAAGCCUCUGAAGGCAUCUGCAUUGAAAUCCGAGCAGGCUGUGAAUGCCGCACGCCGUCAAGGCCUACCCGUCGACACCCAACAAAAAUACGGAGCAGGAACUAAUAAGCAACAUGGCACUACGAAAAAUACGGCGAAACUCGAUAGAGAAACGGAAGAGUUAAAACACGAAAAGAUUCCAUUGGACCUUGGCAAGCUUAUCAUGCAGGGAAGACAGGCAAAGGGCAUGAGCCAGAAAGAUUUAGCCACGAAGAUCUGCGAGAAACCACAGAUUGUAAACGACUACGAAGCCGGUCGCGGGAUCCCCAACAACAUGGUUCUUGGGAAGAUUGAAAGGGCAAUUGGAAUAAAACUUCGCGGAAAGGAACGCGGCCAGCCGCUGCAGCCUCCUGGAAAGAAAUAAGGAUUACCUGGGAGGCGAAGACUGUACUCCGAUUGUUGGUUGCAUAAAUUAUAUUUCUAACUCAUAUUGCUGUUAGAUGUGUUUCUAUUUCUAUCUUAAAAACAUAAAACUUCUAUGGCGUAAGUAAGCAUUUAUUUUUCUUACAUAAUAAAGAUUAUUCUGUGAUGUGUUGUCA